UAUAGACACCACAAAGUACCUUAACUCUCUACUGAUCUAAAUAUUCUAUCUAACUAGUAGAUAACAUAAAAUAACUGCUCACAAGUCAAGAGAGAACGUCAGUGUUGACGAAGGAGGUAUCUAACCUAGAACUAAUGUACUAGAAUCGCAUAUUUGAACGACGUAGAACACGGCGACAAUCCAGAGCGAUGCAGAGAACUUAACAACCGUUGUAUAAAGAGUUACUGAUGUGCUCGGAGAGCGAGUCGUUCUAUUCCGUUUUCACUUGAUGGAGGAAAGCUCUGAAAAGUUUUGAGUGGCAUAGAACUCUUUGGUCUUUUGAGAUUUAAGAAAGAAAGUUCCACGAAAGAAAAGGAGAAUUGGCCCCCAAAACGCAUUGUCUAGAAGAAGAUACGUUGUUCCUAACUCCCUCAGUGAACCAAGGAUCAUCAUAAUAUCUGUAAGAGCUAAACACUGGAGAGUCAAACAAAGACUAAGUUAGAUCGAACUUAAGACGCCUUGAUUGAUAUCAGAAGAAACCUUCAAGUCAAAAUCGUGUGUAGUGUAUAGACGAUUUUAUCUUUGGAAAUAUUACAGUACAAAAGCAUUAUAAAAGCUUCAUAUCGACUCCAUCGCUUUAAUCAACACUUUAGGCUUUGAUCACAUUCAAAGACGACUUAGUAGAACGGAAAUAACCAUUGGUUUGUUUAGUAAAGCGUGCACUGGUGUUGAGUGCCCAUAUUUCCAUGCACGAAGAAGACAAAAAAGGUUUAAGUGUAAAAAUAAAUAAGACGAAGUCGCGCGCACUCGGCUUGUGAAAAAGAAAACUUUUGUGGCAAUAUUACUGGGACUGACUACGCAUUUUGUUUUUGCUUCUAAUUGGUUAGUCAUGAUGCGACUUAAAUCCCAGUCUCUUCCAGAGACGGAAAACACGAAGGUUGAAUUUGGUCUGGUCGCUGAAGGAAACCUCAACUCCUUGAACCCUAACAGGCUGAGUAUGCAAAGAAGCAACAGUGCGCUACCGCAAAGCAGUAAAGAAAUGAGAACUGCGGGGAAAAACGCCGAGGAGAAGAAAGCAAAAGCAGGUAAACGAUGGAAAGUACUGCGGCUUUUGACUCUCGUUGCGAAGCGAAAUAAAAAUGGCCGAAAGAGAACUGACAGUACAAAAACUAUUGACGCAAGUGAGGAUUCAUUCUCUCCUUUGAAUGACCAGGAAUUUUCUUUCGACGGAGCGAGCAGCGUUAAGGAAAUCACGAUUACAAAACCAGAGGAAGACAGAGAUCAGGAAAGUGAAAGUAACGUUAAAAGGCAGGAAUCAACUUCGAGUGAUAAAAGGAUCAUGUGGGAUGAGGAAUCAAUUGUUGAAUCACCGAGCAGAAAAAUUAGUGAAGGGCAGUACAUGAUCUCGAAUACUGCUCUGGCUACCGCAGUAGGGAAGUGGAAAGAGAGUAUUCGUCCGAAUGCCCCAGAGCUAUACGAGUCGGGAAAGGGAGUGCCCAGGCGGCUAGGGGUAUGUGAAGAGCURGAGAAGGCUGUAGUUAAUGAUGGAACGUCUCUUCAUGAACUGCGCAAAGACUUGACAGUCUAUUUGACGCUAGAUGAACUUGGAAUGCUAUGAAAACAUAACACGAUUAGCAAAACUAAAACAAAUGCCUGAGGCUAAAAACAAUGCAAAAGUGCAUGGGAAUGUUAACACACGCUUAAAAGGGGCUUAAAGAGAUGAAUCUUCAAGUAGCGAUAGUGUAUAUAGUAAACGAUGGCAUCUUGUCAACGCUCAACUCAUAUCAAACACGACAGACUUCUUGACUCCAGACAUUUUAAGUUGAGUAUAUAAUGUUGUUGUGGCCUCAAAUGGAGAAUAUUGUAUCAAGUAUAAUAGCAGGAUAUUUUAGACUGUUAUGAUUGCUUUCAGGGGAAGAUACUCAUUGCUUUCUUAAAAAGUGGAGUGGACUAAAAUAAAUCCUCAUAUAACCGAG